UCCACCAAAAGCAAGUACUUGAACUUUCCUGGAUUUGAGCUCAGUAAAACAAGAAAAAUGGGGGACGCUGUAAUGGCAGAGUUUGGACCCGCUGCUUCGUACUUACGAAAGUCGGACAAGGAGCGUCUGGAAGCCCAGACUCGUCCCUUCGACAUGAAGAAAGAGUGCUUUGUGCCUGACCCUGAGGUUGAGUAUGUCAAAGCCUCCAUCACCAGUAGAGACGGUGACAAAGUCACUGUUGAGACUGAAUUCGGAAAGACAGUAACUGUGAAGGAGGUUGACGUUCACCCUCAGAACCCGCCAAAGUUUGAUAAAAUUGAGGACAUGGCGAUGUUCACCUUCCUGCAUGAACCCGCUGUGCUGUUUAACCUCAAAGAGCGUUACGCAGCUUGGAUGAUUUACACCUACUCUGGGCUCUUCUGUGUCACUGUAAACCCCUACAAGUGGUUGCCAGUGUACAACCAGGAAGUUGUCGUUGCCUACAGAGGAAAGAAGAGGAGUGAAGCUCCUCCUCAUAUCUUCUCCAUAUCUGACAAUGCCUACCAGUACAUGCUGUCAGACAGAGAAAACCAGUCUGUCCUGAUCACUGGAGAAUCCGGUGCUGGAAAGACUGUGAACACUAAAAGAGUCAUUCAGUACUUUGCCAGCAUUGCAGCAACACCAGGCAAGAAGGAUCCAUCAGCGGAGAAAAAGGGAACUCUGGAGGAUCAAAUCAUCCAGUGUAACCCUGCUCUGGAGGCCUUUGGUAAUGCCAAGACAAUCCGAAAUGACAACUCCUCCAGAUUUGGCAAGUUUAUCCGCAUUCACUUUGCUGCCAGUGGAAAGCUAGCCUCUGCUGAUAUUGAGACUUAUCUUCUGGAGAAGUCCCGUGUCACUUAUCAGCUUAAGGCUGAGAGAGACUACCACAUCUUCUAUCAGAUCCUGUCCCAGAAAAAACCUGAACUGCUGGAGAUGCUGCUUAUCACAAACAACCCCUUUGACUAUGCCUUCAUCUCCCAAGGAGAGACGCAAGUGGCAUCUAUUGAUGAUGCUGAUGAGCUGAUGGCUACUGAUGAAGCUUUUGAUGUGUUGGGCUUCACCCAAGAGGAGAAGAACAGCAUUUACAAGCUAACAGGUGCCAUCAUGCACUACGGCAACAUGAAGUUCAAACAGAAGCAAAGAGAGGAACAGGCCGAGGCUGAUGGGACUGAGGAUGCUGACAAAGUUGCAUAUCUGAUGGGCCUAAAUUCAGCUGACUUGAUCAAGGGUCUGUGCCAUCCAAGAGUUAAAGUAGGAAACGAGUGGGUCACCAAGGGACAAAAUGUCCAGCAGGUGUACUACUCUAUUGGUGCUCUGGCAAAGUCAGUGUACGAGAAGAUGUUCCUCUGGAUGGUUGUAAGAAUCAACCAGUCCCUGGACACCAAGCAGCCUCGACAGUAUUUUAUUGGUGUGCUGGACAUUGCUGGAUUUGAGAUCUUUGAUUUCAACACCUUUGAGCAGCUGUGCAUCAACUUCACUAAUGAGAAGUUGCAGCAGUUCUUCAACCACCACAUGUUUGUGCUGGAGCAAGAAGAAUACAAGAAGGAGGGAAUUGAAUGGGAGUUCAUUGACUUUGGCAUGGACUUGCAGGCUUGCAUUGAGCUUAUCGAGAAGCCCAUGGGUAUCAUGUCGAUCCUUGAAGAGGAGUGUAUGUUUCCCAAAGCCAGUGACCAAACAUUUAAAGCUAAGCUUUAUGAUAACCACUUGGGGAAAAAUCCCAACUUCCAGAAGCCCAGGAUUGUCAAAGGUAGACCAGAGGCUCAUUUUGCCCUGGUUCACUACGCUGGCACUGUUGACUACAACAUCUCAAACUGGCUGGUGAAGAACAAGGAUCCUCUGAAUGAGACUGUUGUAGGGUUGUUCCAGAAGUCAACACUCAAGCUGUUGUCAAUACUAUUUGCUAAUUAUGCUAGUGCUGAUUCAGCUGGGGAGGGUGGUAAGGGUGGCAAAGGAGCCAAAAAGAAGGGUUCUUCCUUUCAAACAGUGUCUGCCCUCCAUAGGGAGAACCUGAACAAGCUGAUGACUAAUUUGAGGUCCACUCACCCUCACUUUGUGCGUUGCCUGAUCCCCAAUGAGACAAAGACUCCUGGGGCGAUGGAGAAUCCUUUGGUCAUGCACCAGCUGCGCUGUAACGGUGUGCUGGAGGGCAUCAGAAUCUGCAGAAAAGGCUUCCCCAACAGGAUCCUGUAUGGAGAUUUCAAGCAACGUUACCGCAUUCUAAAUCCUGCUGCUAUCCCUGAGGGACAGUUCAUUGACAACAAGAAGGGUGCAGAGAAACUUCUGGGCUCUCUGGACAUUGAUCACAACCAGUACAAGUUAGGACAUACUAAGGUGUUUUUUAAGGCUGGUCUUUUGGGUACCCUUGAAGAGAUGCGAGAUGACCGUCUUGCACUUAUCAUAACUGGCAUUCAGGCCAGGUCUCGUGGCUUUCUAUCAAGAAUUGAGUUCCAGAAAAUCGUGGAAAGAAGAGAUUCAUUGCUUGUGAUCCAGUGGAAUGUACGUGCAUUCAUGGGUGUCAAGAAUUGGCCCUGGAUGAAGCUCUACUUUAAGAUAAAACCUCUGCUGAAAUCUGCUGAGACUGAGAAGGAGAUGGCCAACAUGAAGGAAGAAUUCACCAAGCUGAAGGAAGCUUAUGCUAAAUCUGAAGCUCGCAGAAAGGAGCUUGAGGAAAAGAUGGUUUCUCUUCUCCAAGAGAAGAAUGACCUGCAGCUUGCAAUGCAGUCUGAGCAAGAUAAUCUUACAGAUGCAGAAGAGAGAUGUGAGGGUCUGAUCAAGAGUAAGAUUCAGCUUGAGGCCAAAGUCAAAGAGCUGACUGAGAGGGUUGAAGAUGAAGAAGAAAUGAAUGCUGAGUUGGUUUCAAAGAAGAGAAAGCUGGAGGAUGAAUGUUCUGAACUCAAGAAAGACAUUGAUGAUCUUGAGCUCACUCUGGCCAAAGUGGAGAAAGAGAAACAUGCAACGGAGAACAAGGUUAAAAACCUGACUGAAGAGAUGUCGGCUUUAGAUGAAAUCAUCGCUAAGCUAACCAAAGAGAAGAAAGCUCUUCAAGAGGCCCAUCAACAAGCACUUGAUGACCUCCAGAGUGAGGAAGACAAAGUCAACACACUCACCAAAGCCAAAUCCAAGCUGGAGCAACAAGUUGAUGAUCUUGAAGGUUCUUUGGAGCAAGAAAAGAAAAUACGAAUGGAUCUUGAGAGAGCUAAAAGAAAGCUUGAGGGUGAUUUGAAAUUGACUCAAGAAAAUGUGAUGGAUCUGGAAAAUGAUAAGCAGCAGAUGGAGGAGAAAAUAAAAAAAAAAGACUUUGAAAUAAGCCAGCUCAACAGUAAGAUUGAAGAUGAGCAAGCUCUGGAGGCCCAACUCCAGAAAAAACUGAAAGAGUUGCAGGCUCGUAUUGAAGAGCUUGAAGAAGAGCUGGAGGCUGAGAGAGCUGCUCGUGCUAAAGUGGAGAAACAGAGAGCAGAUCUCUCCAGAGAACUGGAGGAGAUCAGUGAGAGGCUGGAGGAAGCUGGUGGUGCCACCGCUGCCCAGAUUGAAAUGAACAAGAAACGUGAAGCUGAGUUCCAGAAACUGCGCAGAGACCUUGAAGAGGCCACACUGCAUCAUGAAGCUACCGCUGCUACACUGAGGAAGAAACAUGCAGACAGUGUGGCUGAUCUUGGAGAGCAGAUUGAUAACCUUCAGAGAGUCAAGCAGAAGCUUGAAAAAGAGAAAAGUGAACUCAGACUGGAACUGGAUGAUGUGGUCUCAAACAUGGAGCAGAUUGUCAAGGCAAAGACAAACCUGGAGAAAAUGUGCAGAACUCUGGAGGACCAGAUGAGUGAGUACAGAACCAAGGCUGAAGAAGGCCAGCGCACAAUCAAUGAUUUCAGCAUGCAAAAGGCUAAGCUGCAAACUGAGAAUGGUGAACUGUCUAGACAGCUGGAGGAGAAGGAUUCUUUGGUCUCUCAGCUGACAAGAGGCAAGCAGUCCUAUACUCAGCAGAUUGAAGACCUUAAGAGACAACUGGAGGAGGAAAUCAAGGCUAAGAAUGCCCUGGCCCAUGCAGUGCAGUCUGCUCGUCAUGAUUCUGACCUGCUGAGGGAGCAGUUUGAGGAGGAGCAGGAAGCCAAAGCUGAACUGCAGCGUUCUCUCUCCAAAGCAAACUCUGAGGUGGCUCAGUGGAGAACCAAGUAUGAAACCGAUGCCAUCCAGAGGACCGAGGAGCUUGAGGAUGCUAAGAAAAAACUGGCUCAGCGCCUCCAAGAGGCAGAAGAAGCUGUGGAAGCAGUCAAUGCUAAAUGCUCCUCUCUGGAGAAGACCAAGCACAGGCUGCAGAAUGAGAUUGAAGAUCUCAUGGUUGAUGUGGAGAGAUCCAAUGCUGCUGCUGCUGCUCUGGACAAGAAGCAAAGAAACUUUGAUAAAGUCCUGGCUGAGUGGAAGCAGAAAUAUGAGGAGUCCCAGACUGAACUAGAAAGUGCUCAAAAAGAUGCCAGGUCUCUCAGCACCGAGCUUUUCAAAUUGAAGAACUCCUAUGAGGAGUCACUGGACCACCUGGAGACCAUGAAGAGGGAAAACAAGAACCUCCAAGAGGAAAUUUCUGACCUUACCGAGCAACUUGGUGAGAGUGGAAAGAACAUUCAUGAGCUGGAAAAAGUUCGCAAGCAGCUGGAACAGGAGAAACAAGAGAUACAAGCUGCUCUGGAGGAAGCUGAGGGCUCCCUUGAGCAUGAGGAAGGAAAGAUCCUUAGGGCCCAACUGGAAUUCAACCAGAUCAAAGCUGAAAUUGAGCGUAAGCUGUCUGAGAAAGAUGAAGAAAUGGAGCAGGCUAAGAGGAACCAGCAGAGAGUGGUGGAUACCCUGCAGAGCUCACUUGAAGCAGAGACCCGCAGCAGGAAUGAAGCUCUCAGAGUAAAGAAGAAGAUGGAGGGAGAUCUCAAUGAGAUGGAGAUUCAGCUCAGCCAGGCUAACAGACAGGCAGCAGAAGCCCAGAAGCAACUCAAGGGUCUUCAUGGACAUCUUAAAGAUGCCCAACUGCAGCUGGAUGAAGCUCUUCGUGGUAAUGAUGAUCUCAAAGAGAACAUUGCUAUUGUGGAGAGACGCAACAAUCUACUUCAAGCUGAACUGGAUGAGCUGAGAUCCCUGGUGGAACAGACUGAGAGAGGAAGAAAACUGGCUGAGCAGGAACUGCUGGAUGUCAGUGAGAGGGUUCAGCUACUGCAUUCUCAGAACACCAGCCUGUUGAAUCAGAAGAAGAAGCUAGAGGGAGACAAUUCUCAGCUUCAGAGUGAGGUUGAGGAGGCAGUGCAGGAGUGCAGGAAUGCUGAAGAAAAAGCCAAGAAGGCCAUCACUGAUGCUGCCAUGAUGGCAGAGGAACUAAAGAAGGAACAGGACACCAGUGCUCAUCUGGAGCGUAUGAAGAAGAACAUGGAGCAGACCAUCAAGGACCUGCAGCACCGCCUGGAUGAAGCUGAGCAGAUCGCCAUGAAGGGUGGCAAGAAGCAGGUCCAGAAGUUGGAGGCCAGGGUGAGAGAGCUGGAAAAUGAGGUUGAGAUGGAACAGAGAAAGGCCAGUGACUCUGUCAAGGGUAUUCGAAAAUAUGAGAGACGCAUCAAAGAGCUCACGUACCAGACUGAAGAAGAUAAGAAGAAUCUGGCUCGUCUUCAAGACCUGGUGGACAAACUUCAGCUGAAGGUCAAGUCCUACAAGAGAUCGUCAGAGGAGGCUGAGGAACAGGCCAAUUCUAAUCUGACCAAGUUCCGCAAACUCCAGCACGAGCUGGAUGAAGCAGAGGAGAGGGCUGAUAUUGCUGAAUCCCAGGUCAACAAGCUGAGAGCUAAGAGCCGUGAUACAGGAUCCAAACACAAAGGCUCAGAUCUACAGCUGUCCAAGACCUUCAGCAGUGACUCGAAAGAAGAUUUCAAGAUGGCUGACGCUGUAAUGGCGGAGUUUGGGGCCGCUGCUUCGUUCUUACGUAAGUCGGAAAAAGAGCGUCUGGAAGCCCAAACUCGUCCCUUCGACAUGAAGAAAGAGUGCUUUGUGCCUGACCCAGAGGUUGAAUAUGUCAAAGCCUCCGUCACCAGUAGAGACGGUGACAAAGUCACUGUUGAGACUGAAUUCGGAAAGACAGUAACUGUGAAGGAGGUUGACGUUCACCCUCAGAACCCGCCAAAGUUCGAUAAAAUUGAGGACAUGGCGAUGUUCACCUUUCUGCAUGAACCUGCUGUGCUGUUUAACCUCAAAGAGCGUUACGCAGCGUGGAUGAUUUACACCUAUUCAGGGCUCUUCUGUGUCACUGUCAACCCCUACAAGUGGCUGCCAGUGUAUGAUUCAUCUGUCGUCAAAGCCUACAGAGGAAAGAAGAGGACUGAAGCUCCUCCUCAUAUCUUCUCCAUAUCUGACAAUGCCUACCAGUACAUGCUGUCAGACAGGGAGAACCAGUCUGUCCUGAUCACUGGAGAAUCCGGUGCUGGUAAGACUGUGAACACCAAGAGAGUCAUUCAGUACUUUGCCAGCAUUGCUGCUGUAUCUGGCAAAAAAGAUGCAGCCUCUGAGAAAAAGGGUACCCUGGAAGAUCAAAUUAUCCAAGCUAACCCUGCCUUGGAGGCCUUUGGCAAUGCUAAGACCAUUAGAAAUGAUAACUCCUCACGAUUCGGUAAAUUCAUCCGAAUUCACUUUGGUGUAAGUGGAAAAUUGGCAUCGGCUGAUAUUGAGACUUAUCUUCUGGAGAAGUCCCGUGUCACUUAUCAGCUCAAGGCUGAGAGAGACUACCACAUCUUCUAUCAGAUCCUGUCUCAGAAGAAACCAGAACUGUUAGAGAUGCUGCUCAUCACAAACAACCCUUAUGACUAUUCCUACAUCUCCCAAGGAGAGACGCAAGUGGCCUCUAUUAAUGAUGCUGAUGAGCUGAUGGCUACUGAUGAAGCUUUUGAUGUGUUAGGCUUCAAUACAGAUGAAAAGAUGGGCAUCUACAAGCUAACAGGUGCCAUCAUGCACUUUGGCAACAUGAAGUUCAAACAGAAGCAAAGAGAAGAACAGGCCGAGGCUGAUGGCACUGAAGCUUCCAAAGAUGCUGACAAAGUUGCAUAUCUGAUGGGCCUGAACUCUGCUGACCUUUUGAAGGGUUUGUGUCACCCAAGAGUCAAAGUCGGAAACGAGUGGGUCACUAAGGGACAAAAUGUCCAGCAGGUGUACUACUCUAUUGGUGCUCUGGCAAAGUCAGUGUACGAGAAGAUGUUCCUCUGGAUGGUUGUAAGAAUCAACCAAUCCCUGGACACCAAGCAGCCUCGCCAGUAUUUCAUUGGUGUGCUGGACAUUGCUGGAUUUGAGAUCUUUGAUUUCAACACAUUUGAGCAGCUGUGCAUCAACUUCACUAAUGAGAAGUUGCAGCAGUUCUUUAACCACCACAUGUUUGUGCUGGAGCAAGAAGAAUACAAGAAGGAGGGAAUUGAAUGGGAGUUCAUUGACUUUGGCAUGGACUUGCAGGCUUGCAUUGAGCUUAUCGAGAAGCCUAUGGGUAUCAUGUCGAUCCUUGAAGAGGAGUGCAUGUUCCCCAAAGCAACUGAUCAAACAUUUAAAGCUAAGCUUUAUGACAACCACUUGGGUAAGAACCCUACCUUCCAGAAGCCCAGGAUUGUCAAGGGCAGACCAGAGGCUCAUUUCUCCCUGGUUCACUAUGCUGGCACUGUUGACUACAACAUCUCAAACUGGCUGGUAAAGAACAAGGAUCCCCUCAAUGAGACUGUUGUCGGACUUUUCCAAAAGUCUACUGUGAAACUAUUGUCCGUCCUCUUCGCUAACUAUGCUGGAGCUGACUCAACCCAAGAUGGUAAAGGUGGCAAAGGAGGUGGCAAAAAGAAGGGUUCUUCCUUCCAGACUGUGUCAGCACUCCACAGGGAGAACUUAAACAAACUGAUGACCAACUUGAGGUCCACUCACCCUCACUUUGUGCGUUGCCUGAUCCCCAAUGAGACGAAGACUCCUGGGGCGAUGGAGAAUCCUCUUGUCAUGCACCAGCUGCGCUGUAACGGUGUGCUGGAGGGCAUCAGAAUCUGCAGAAAAGGAUUCCCCAACAGGAUCCUGUAUGGAGAUUUCAAACAGAGAUACCGUAUUUUGAACCCAUCUGCUAUUCCUGAGGGACAAUUUAUUGACAAUAAGAAAGCAGCAGAAAAACUUCUAGGCUCUCUGGAUAUUGAUCACAACCAGUACAAGUUAGGACAUACUAAGGUGUUCUUCAAGGCUGGUCUCCUGGGUGUCCUUGAAGAGAUGAGAGAUGAUCGUCUUGCUCUCAUCAUUACUGGUAUUCAAGCAAGAGCUCGUGGUAUUCUCUCAAGAAUUGAAUUCCAGAAGAUUGUUGAGCGCAGAGAUUCAUUGCUUGUGAUCCAGUGGAAUGUACGUGCAUUCAUGGGUGUCAAGAAUUGGCCCUGGAUGAAGCUCUACUUCAAGAUCAAACCUCUGCUGAAAUCUGCUGAGACUGAGAAGGAGAUGGCCAACAUGAAGGAAGAAUUCACCAAGCUGAAGGAAGCUUAUGCUAAAUCUGAAGCACGCAAAAAGGAGCUUGAGGAAAAGAUGGUUACUCUUCUCCAAGAGAAGAAUGACCUGCAGCUUGCAAUGCAGUCUGAGCAAGAUAAUCUUACAGAUGCUGAGGAGAGAUGUGAGGGUCUAAUCAAGAGUAAGAUUCAGCUUGAGGCCAAAGUCAAAGAGCUGACAGAGAGAGUUGAAGAUGAAGAAGAAAUGAAUGCUGAGUUGGUUGCAAAGAAGAGAAAGCUGGAGGAUGAAUGUUCUGAACUCAAGAAAGAUAUUGAUGAUCUUGAGCUCACUCUGGCCAAAGUGGAGAAAGAGAAACAUGCAACGGAGAACAAGGUUAAAAACCUGACUGAAGAGAUGGCAGGUCUAGAUGAAAUAAUUGCCAAGCUGACAAAGGAGAAGAAAGCUCUUCAAGAGGCCCAUCAACAAACACUUGAUGACCUACAGAGUGAGGAAGACAAAGUUAACACACUCACCAAAGCUAAAUCCAAGCUGGAGCAACAAGUUGAUGAUCUUGAGGGAUCCCUUGAGCAAGAAAAGAAGCUGCGCAUGGAUCUCGAGAGGGCAAAGAGAAAGCUUGAGGGUGAUUUAAAAUUGACCCAGGAGAGCAUUAUGGACUUGGAAAAUGAUAAACAGCAGAUGGAAGAGAAGCUAAAGAAGAAAGACUUUGAAAUCGGCCAACUCAAUAGUAAAAUUGAGGAUGAACAAGCCCUUGGCGCCCAGCUGCAGAAGAAACUAAAGGAGCUGCAAGCUCGUAUUGAAGAGCUUGAGGAAGAGCUGGAGGCUGAGAGAGCUGCUCGUGCCAAAGUGGAGAAACAAAGAGCAGAUCUCUCCAGAGAACUGGAGGAGAUCAGUGAGAGGUUAGAGGAAGCUGGUGGUGCCACUGCUGCCCAGAUUGAAAUGAACAAGAAACGUGAAGCUGAGUUCCAGAAACUGCGCAGAGACCUUGAAGAGGCCACACUGCAUCAUGAAGCUACCGCUGCUACACUGAGGAAGAAACAUGCAGACAGUGUGGCUGAUCUUGGAGAGCAGAUUGACAACCUUCAGAGAGUCAAGCAGAAACUUGAAAAGGAGAAGAGUGAACUCAAGUUAGAGCUUGAUGAUGUGGUGUCGAACAUGGAACAAAUUGUCAAGUCGAAGAGUAAUUUGGAGAAAAUGUGCAGAACUCUUGAAGACCAGAUGAGUGAGUACAGAACCAAGGCUGAAGAAGGCCAGCGCACAAUUAAUGAUUUCAGCAUGCAAAAGGCCAAACUGCAAACUGAAAAUGGUGAACUGUCCAGACAGCUAGAGGAGAAAGACUCCCUGGUCUCUCAGCUGACAAGAGGCAAGCAGUCUUACACUCAGCAGAUUGAAGACCUCAAGAGACAACUGGAGGAGGAAGUCAAGGCUAAGAAUGCCCUGGCCCAUGCAGUGCAGUCUGCUCGUCAUGAUUCUGAUCUGCUGAGGGAGCAAUUUGAGGAGGAGCAGGAAGCCAAAGCUGAACUGCAGCGUAGUCUCUCCAAAGCAAACUCUGAGGUGGCUCAGUGGAGAACCAAGUACGAAACCGAUGCCAUCCAGAGGACAGAGGAGCUUGAGGAUGCUAAGAAAAAACUGGCUCAGCGCCUCCAAGAAGCAGAAGAAGCUGUGGAAGCGGUCAAUGCUAAAUGCUCCUCUCUGGAGAAGACCAAGCACAGGCUGCAGAAUGAGAUUGAAGAUCUCAUGGUUGAUGUGGAGAGAUCCAAUGCUGCUGCUGCUGCUCUGGACAAGAAGCAAAGAAACUUUGACAAGGUUUUGGCUGAGUGGAAGCAGAAGUAUGAGGAGUCUCAGACUGAACUAGAGAGUGCCCAGAAAGAGUCUAGAUCUCUCAGCACUGAGCUCUUCAAACUCAAGAACUCUUAUGAAGAGAUCCUGGAUCAUCUUGAGACCAUGAAGAGAGAAAACAAGAACCUCCAAGAGGAGAUUUCUGACCUCACUGAGCAACUUGGAGAGUCAGGAAAAAACAUCCACGAGUUGGAGAAAAUUAGAAAGCAGUUGGAGCAGGAGAAAGCAGAGAUCCAGACAGCACUGGAGGAGGCUGAGGGUUCCCUUGAACACGAGGAAGGCAAAAUCUUAAGAUCCCAACUGGAGUUCAAUCAAGUAAAGGCUGACAUUGAGCGUAAACUGUCUGAGAAAGAUGAAGAGAUGGAGCAGGCUAAGAGGAACCAGCAGAGAGUGGUGGAUACCCUGCAGAGCUCACUUGAAGCAGAGACCCGCAGCAGGAAUGAAGCUCUCAGGGUGAAGAAGAAGAUGGAGGGAGAUCUUAAUGAGAUGGAGAUUCAGCUCAGCCAGGCUAACAGACAGGCAGCAGAAGCCCAGAAGCAACUCAAGGGUCUUCAUGGACAUCUUAAAGAUGCCCAACUGCAGCUGGAUGAUGCUCUUCGUGGUAAUGAUGAUCUCAAAGAGAACAUUGCUAUUGUGGAGAGACGCAACAAUCUGCUCCAAGCUGAACUAGAUGAGCUGAGAUCUCUGGUGGAACAGACUGAGAGAGGAAGAAAACUGGCCGAGCAGGAACUGUUGGAUGUCAGUGAGAGGGUUCAGCUACUGCAUUCUCAGAACACCAGCCUGCUGAAUCAGAAGAAGAAGCUAGAGGGAGACAAUUCUCAGCUUCAGAGUGAGGUUGAGGAGGCAGUGCAGGAGUGCAGGAAUGCUGAAGAAAAAGCCAAGAAGGCCAUCACUGAUGCUGCCAUGAUGGCAGAGGAACUGAAGAAGGAACAGGACACUAGUGCUCAUCUGGAGCGUAUGAAGAAGAACAUGGAGCAGACCAUCAAGGACCUGCAGCACCGCCUGGAUGAAGCUGAGCAGAUCGCCAUGAAGGGUGGCAAGAAGCAGGUCCAGAAACUGGAGGCCAGGGUGAGAGAGCUGGAAAAUGAGGUGGAAAUGGAACAGAGAAAGGGAAGCGACUCUGUGAAAGGAAUCCGCAAAUAUGAGAGACGCAUCAAGGAGCUCACCUACCAGACUGAGGAAGACAAGAAGAAUCUGGCUCGUCUUCAGGAUCUGGUGGACAAACUUCAGUUGAAGGUCAAGUCCUACAAGAGAUCUGCAGAGGAGGCUGAAGAGCAGGCCAACGUUAACCUUGGCAAGUUCCGCAAACUGCAGCACGAGCUGGAUGAAGCAGAGGAAAGGGCUGAUAUUGCUGAAUCUCAGGUCAACAAGCUGAGAGCUAAGAGCCGUGAUACAGGAUCCAAGAAAGGACAUGAUGAAGAGUAAUUCUCUACUAUAAAUCCUGUUUUCUGUGAAGUCACGUUGUAGUGUCUUAGUCAUGUAUAGUUCCUAGUUUUCAAAAAACAUUAAAAAUAGCAAUUCUUUAAAUUCUUGAGUCUGUGG